CCGCCCGCCGCCCGCCGCCGCCGCCGCCGCCGGAGCUCUGUAGUAUGGCAUCGAGGAGAAUGGAGACCAAACCUGUGAUAACCUGUCUCAAAACCCUCCUCAUCAUCUACUCCUUCGUCUUCUGGAUCACUGGCGUGAUCCUGCUGGCUGUUGGAGUCUGGGGCAAACUCACUCUGGGCACCUACAUCUCCCUGAUCGCCGAGAACUCCACAAAUGCCCCCUAUGUGCUCAUCGGGACCGGCACCACUAUUGUGGUGUUUGGCCUGUUCGGAUGCUUUGCGACAUGCCGUGGUAGCCCGUGGAUGCUGAAGCUGUAUGCCAUGUUCCUGUCCCUGGUGUUCCUGGCUGAGCUGGUAGCUGGCAUUUCAGGGUUUGUGUUUCGUCAUGAGAUCAAGGACACCUUCCUGAGGACUUACACGGACGCCAUGCAGAAUUACAAUGGCAACGAUGAGAGGAGCCGGGCGGUGGAUCACGUGCAGCGCAGCCUGAGCUGCUGUGGCGUGCAGAACUACACCAACUGGAGCACCAGCCCCUACUUCCUGGAGCGCGGCAUCCCCCUGAGUUGCUGCAUGAACGAAACCGACUGCAAUUCCCAGGAUCUACACAAUCUGACUGUGGCGGCCACCAAAGUUAACCAGAAGGGUUGUUACGAUCUGGUGACCAGUUUCAUGGAGACAAACAUGGGGAUCAUCGCUGGAGUGGCUUUUGGAAUCGCGUUCUCCCAGCUGAUCGGCAUGCUGCUGGCCUGCUGUCUGUCCCGGUUCAUCACGGCCAACCAGUAUGAGAUGGUGUAAGGAGAAGUCUUUCAAGAACGAUGGCCUAAGAGACCUGUUUUAAAAAGGAACCACGGCAAUCUUUGAAAGACUUGCAAAGGAUGUCAGAGCACAGUGCAUAACACACCUGUCCCGCGCUCCCUAACCCCCCACCCAGCGUGCACCUGACCCGCCCACACAGUCUCUGCUCCGCCUUCCAGCCCGCAUCAUGUGUAGCGUUCCGUUUUGUGAAGCCCCGUGUGCCAGAGUGUAGCCAGGUUCCCUGCAUCCGGUCCUAGCGGACCCCACCUGAGGCCCCGUGCGCACCAGAUCCUCCAUCUGUACUUGGUCCGACUGCAGCUCAUUGUAGGUGACUGGUCAUCCCACCAUCACUGGCCCGGCCGGGCCCUGCAUGUAGUGUGGAAGGCUCCUGCUAGCCCUUCAUCCUGAUCGAUAAACGCCAUACCCCUUGAUGUAGAUAAGCAGCUAGCUAGCUGUUCUGGCUUAACCUCCUUUGGUUUGGUUUUCCCUUUACUAAGGCUCUUACUACCUUCUUCAGGCUGCCUAGGAUAUGUAAAGAGAUACAUCAGUAAUUGUCCAUGCAGAGAAAAAAAGCAUGCGUCACGCACGAAGGGAACUGCUGAGCGUUAGGUGGCCUCCUCCUUGCUCAUUAUUGUUACAUGCCUGGGUAUGUGUAGACAGUUUAGUGCACCUAUGCCUCUCGGUUGAAACCUGUAUAAUCCUGUUACCAAGCCGUAUUGUUACUUCCUGUGAAGGAAAUAUUACUUCUGUUUCUCCCCAAUUAAUUGCUAUUGUGUUAUUUUACUUCUGUAUUUUUUCUUUGCAUUGACAUUACAGACAUUGAGGACCUCAUCGAAUCAAUUUAAAAAUGAGUGUGAAGGGGGAACAAAGUCAAAAUAUUUUUAGAAGACCUUCAGAAACAAUGCCUCUGUCUAGCAUGCCAACAAGAAUGCAUUGAUAUUGUGAAACAUUUGUGAUACAUGUAUUAAUAAAUAGAAUCACUACA